AUGGCCUUUGGGCUGAAGAACACGGGGGCCACCUAUCAACGAACGGUAACGAGAAUGUUUUGGGAUAAGAUUGGGAGCACAAUGAAGGUUUAUAUCGAUGAUAUGAUGGUAAAAAGUAAGAAGGAGGAAGAGCAUGUGGAAGAUUUGAUCGAGGCGUUUGAGAUCCUUAGGCUUGGAUCAUUUAACGUGAGGUAUAAGUCGCAUAAUGCCAUUAAAGGACAAGUGGGCAACUUGAAUCCGAUCUCUUGCCCAUGGCCAUUUGCUCAAAGGGGGUUAGACAUUGUGGGUAAUUUUCUUCGGGAUACUAGCAACAGGAAAUUCGUCAUUGUUGCUACGGAUCAUUUUACAAAAUGGGUCGAAGCUGAAGCUCUAGCAAAUAUCCGAGAUGUAGAUGUGAAGAAGUUUAUUUGGAAGAACAUCAUAACUAGGUUCGAGAUCCCCGAAACACCGAUUUCAAACAACAGAUUGCAGUUUGACAGUAAGGCUUUUCAGAAGUACUGCAAAGAUCUAGGGAUUAAGAACCAAUACUCCACCCCAGCAUACCCUCAAAGCAAUGGGCUUGUAGAUGUGACCAAUAAAGCAAUAGUUUCCAGGCUCAAGAAAAGGCUUGAAGGAGUUGAGGAACUUCCUAAUGUGAUAUAG